CGAGGUAAAGUAGGACAGUGUGUAUUGGAGAGGAAUUGGCAACGUCACAUUUAUAAAAUAUUUUGUUUCUCAUGUGUUUUUGUUUUUAUAAACAUGGAUGACAAUGCCAUGGAGUCUCUAGAAAAUAGUGUAAGCAGUGGUCCUGGAAUGUCAAUGGCAAUGGAUAUGGGAGGUAUGGGUAUGACAAGCCCUAUUUCAUCUGUUGGUUCCAUGUCGCCAGGAAUGUCCUCACCAGACAUAAAACCUGAUAUCUCAUCCCUGUCAGUAACAUCGCCGCCUGGUUCAUACUUCAGUUACGGAAUGCAUCAAGGCAUGACAUCACAGUCCGGUUCCAUUCACUCGCCGCCUUUACACUCGCCAUCAUCAUCAGUGCAGUCGCCAUCGAUGAUGUCCAUCGGAUCACCAGGCUCAGUUGGUUCCCCACCAAAUCCACACAUGCCACAUACAACUCUGAGUAACAAACACAUAUGUGCCAUAUGUGGUGACAGAGCUUCGGGAAAACAUUAUGGUGUUUACAGUUGUGAAGGCUGCAAGGGCUUUUUCAAGCGUACUGUACGAAAGGAUCUGACCUAUGCGUGUCGGGAUGAUAGAAAUUGUAUGAUAGAUAAACGUCAGAGGAACCGAUGCCAGUACUGUAGAUAUAUGAAGUGUCUAUCUAUGGGCAUGAAACGAGAAGCAUUGAUUGACAAAUCCACUAGUCCUGCAGUGAAUUCUGCUGUACAGGAAGAAAGACAGAGAAACAAGGAGAAGGGGGAGGGAGAGGCUGAGAGUACAGUUAAUGCUAACUCUGACAUGCCAGUGGAGAAAAUCCUGGAGGCAGAACUUGCUGUCGAACCCAAGACAGACACCUACAUUGAUGCUCAGAAAGAUGCUGUAACCAACAUAUGUCAGGCUGCAGAUAAACAGUUGUUUACGUUAGUAGAAUGGGCUAAGCGUAUACCUCACUUUACUGAACUGCCGUUAGACGAUCAGGUCAUACUCCUUAGAGCAGGUUGGAAUGAAUUAUUGAUAGCUGCGUUCUCUCAUCGAUCGAUCUCUGUGAAAGACGGCAUACUGCUUGCCACAGGUCUUCAUGUACAUAGGAGUAGUGCUCAUCAGGCUGGCGUCGGUACCAUAUUCGACCGUGUAUUGACAGAACUAGUGUCCAAAAUGAGGGAGAUGAAAAUGGACAAGUCAGAACUUGGCUGUCUACGUGCCAUUGUACUCUUUAAUCCAGAUGCUAAAGGAUUAACAAGUGUACAAGAGGUGGAGCAGUUAAGAGAAAAAGUUUAUGCGUCUUUGGAGGAGUAUUGUAAAUCACGUUAUGUUGAUGAACCAGGACGUUUUGCCAAGUUGUUACUGCGAUUACCAGCUCUGCGGAGCAUCGGUCUUAAAUGUUUAGAACAUUUGUUUUUCUUUAAACUCAUUGGCGACACACCGAUCGACACGUUUUUAAUGGAGAUGUUGGAAACACCGAGUCCCGCGUCAUGACUGUACUGUAGCAGAGACGCAUAUUAAAUUGCUUGUCGCAUUUUUGUCGUAGCGUUUUAUAAGUACAGUCAGACCAGAAAACUGUAUAUUUGUAUAAUAGAGAAAGGUUUGUGAAAACGAAAUGUGCUUCAGUGUGUUUUUACAACUCUUGAUAUUACUUUUAAGACUGCUGUUCAGUGUCGGAAAAAUUUUGAAAUGGGGAGCUGGAGGGCGGGGCUUCUGUCACAGCUUCUAAUAGCGGGAUCUGUAGGCGACUUUUAAGGGCAUCGCUUUUUGUGGCAGGAUAUUUUCAAAGGCCCUGUCUGUUUCUGACAAUAGUGGCUGAUGUGUCUUUCAAAAGAUUUUUGUAAUGUACUUUUUUUAGGCCUUUUUCUUGUAUUGACUAUUUUUAGAAGGAAAUAAACUUUGUAGUUAAUGACAGUACAGUAAAAAUAAAAUGGAUAGGGCUUAAGAUGUAGUGGUUUGAAAAUUCGAAAUUUUUCUGGGAAAGCUAUUCUACAAUGACUAAAGGUAUAGUCAGCUUUGAAUUCUCGACAGUGAAACAAUUUCUUUAUGCUUAAAGGAAUAUUACUCACUGAAAGUUAAAAAAAAGUUUGCUGAAACUUGUUGAAGAAAAUCUUUGUUAUGUAUGUUUACCACAGAUGAAAGUUUGAAAUUUGUAUUAAUAACUGCGCAUUGAAGUCAUCUCGAACCCAUAUUAACUUACAGUUUAUUGAUGAAUUUAGAAAUUCUGAUUGAUUAGUAGCAUGUAGAUUAAGUACACCCUGUAGGUGUUUGUUGUUUAAGUUUACAGUUAAUGUUUACACUUUAGAAGACAAUCUCUCAUUUCAUUUGAAUAAGUAAUCACUGCGGAUGCACUUGCUUCUGAUCAGGAAGAUCACGAACCACCGAGGCAAGGUUAUUUAGUCAUAUAUAGGUGAUUCACUGAAGGCAGUAUUGGCAAUGUGCUGCUUUUUGAAAUAACUUAAUUUCUCCUCCAACUAAAGAAAAAUAGUAUUGGGAUAAGAGUCUAGAUUUCAGUGACCACUUGGCACAAAUUAUUUUUAGAGGUGAUUCCCUGAACGUUGUAUUAUUCUGUAUUCUUAGCACAAAGAUGUCGGGAUUAUUUUUUUGUUUGUUAUUUUAUUUAUGCAUCAACUUGCGAUGCAAUAAAAAUGCCUGCAUGUAAGUUGUACAUACUCAUUUUUCAUCAGAAUGUUUAUUGAUAAAUAUCAACGUCCUUUAACACACAGAAUAACCAACUGAAAUUAUAGUCCAAUUGAAAAAAUAUUUCCUGGGAAAGUACACUUGCACUUUGUUCGCUUAGACUUGACAAGACCAGCAAAUUAUCUUGGGAUUUGCUGGGACCCGACGAUGUGUCUGAGAAAAGGGCGGUGUUUGAAGUAUCUGAAUUCAAGGGAAUGAAGUUUGACUGUAUAUUAACAAUAUAGUAAAAGAAAUUGUUGCUGGUGUUAUAAAAUCUGCCUAUUUUAGACAUAAGUGUGGUCCUUUGUUAAAAUUAUGUCAUAUGAUCUUGUUAAUGAUUAUGUUAGAGAAAUUAAAAAUAUUUUGAAGGAGUAAGGGAAAAAUAUUCUUAGCCUGAAAAGUCUUAAAUGCAUCUACAAAUAUAAAAGACUUGCUUUUGAAACCUUGAGAUUUUGCUUUGUUUUUAUAGUAAGAUGCAUACAUGUAUGCCUAAAUGUAGAAAACUAUAUACUGUGAAAUUGUUUAAUCUCGUGGGCAUGAAAUUUUAUGGCUUUUUCCAAAAUGAUGGUUAUGGGAUAUGAAUUUAUGGAUUUUAAUGGUUGAUGGCGACAUGAUUUGGAAGAUUAUUUAUUGAUUGGGAAGGUAUUUUGUGGGUUCAUCAACCACAAAAUCCCUGAAAAUUGGUCCCCAUACAAAUAUGAAUGAUUUCAUAGUACAUGGCAGUUAGAAGCAUUGACUGAUAAUUGCUUUCUUUCAGCUGCUCAUUUUAAACUUAUAGUUUAGGUUUUGCAUGUACAUUUUGAACAUGUAUUAGUGAUUUAUGUUAACAUUGCAUAGUUGUUAAUUUAGAAACCUCAGAUAAUGAAAUUCUGUACCUUCCCAUACCUAUCUAGUAUAAGAUAAGUAUAAGAGCUAAACUUGUCAAAUGAAGAAUUCCAUUUACUAUGGUCUUUCUGUAUAGAUACAAUUUUAUAUUUGGGGAAAAUCAGUAAAGUACACAUUAUAGUCCCAUUUAUAAAGCAGAUAUUGAUGGAGUUGUUAGUAUUCUUAUGAUUUCUUGUUUGAUUUUGAGUUUUCUUCGGUUUUCUACAGGGUUUGUGAUUGCAGUUUGAUAUUCACUAGACGUUUAGAAGUCUUGUGAAGUGUUUUAGGUGCCUUAGAUGUUGAUAUUGACAAAGUAUUUAUUAUUAUUACAAAAUAUUCUGAGUUUUUUUCGCUUUGAAUCAUGAACUAUAACUGUGAUUUUCUGAAGAUUUUAAAUGAAAUGAAAUUAUUGUGGCUUUUUAAUAUGAGCCGCGCCAUGAGAAAACUAACAUAGUGGCUUUGCGAGCAGCAUGGAUCCAGACCAGCCUGCGCAUCCGCGCAGUCUGGUCAGGAUCCAUGCUGCUCGCUUUCAAAGCCUAUAGCAAUUAGAGAGACCGUUACCGAACAGCAUUGAUCCUGACCAGACUGCGCGGAUGUGCAGGCUGGUCUGGAUCCAUGCUGAUCGCAAUGCCACUUUGUUGGUUUACUCAUGGUGCGGCUCAUAUAAUGAUUUAAGAUCUCAUUUAUACGGCUUGUACUGGAUUCAAUAGAAAAAUUACGCACUUUACAUUAAAUUUUAUUCACUGUUACCUCCUUUGAAAAAUUGAUAUUCCCUACCUUGAUUGGUGUGAUAAGAUGCAAACUGUAUCAGAUGUCUUUGUUGUUAUGAAUCAUGAGACAAAUGGUAUAAAGAGAUGAAUCACCUUUGUAUUGUUGCAUGAAACAGACAGUUGUCGUAGUAAUAUAAAUUUGAUAAAGAAACAAAAACUUAAGACGUGUAUCAAUUUCAUAUACCAAAUCAGUGAACAUAGAUUGAGUAACCUUUGCAUCACAUUUCGUUUUGUGAUUUGAUAGACAGCAGUCUUAAUCAAUUUAUUAAAUAUUCGCAAUUUGUAAUUGUAUAUACUAUUAAAGGUAAUGAUUUUUAGUAUUAAAAAAGGUUUUCAAUUCAUAUCUCUUUGAUGAAAAAAAUAGCAAGAAAUAAAACCCUCUUGACUAUUUCCACAGCUUUAGUACCUUUUAUAGAAUACUACGUUUCAUUCUUAAUGGUAUGACAUUGUCCAUACUGCUUGUUUUUAGAAAGGAGCUUAUUUGUUACUCAGUAAGUGCUACCGAUUGUUUUGAAGUUUGCAUAUUUUAUGAUCAUAUAUUGUUCUUUAUAUAUAUAUAUAUAUAUAGUUACGAUGUACAUGUCUUUGUAUAGGUUUGUUCACCACUAUAUUAUAUGGAGAAAUGUGUUAUAUAUACAUUUGAGCCGUGCCAUGGGAAAACCAACAUAGUGGGUAUGCGACCAGCAUGGAUCCAGACCAGCCUGCGCAUCCGCGCAGUCUGGUCAGGAUCCAUGCUGUUCGCUAAUAGUUUCUCCAAUUCCAAUAGGCUUUAAAAGCGAACAGCAUGGAGCCUGACCAGACUGCGCGGAUGCGCAGGCUGGUCUGGAUCCAUGCUGGUCGCAUACCCACUAUGUUGGUUUUCUCAUGGCACGGCUCAUUUAUUGUACCUGUUGUGAUAGCCAUUCUGUAAUUAAUUUGGGCAAUCGAGAUUCAGCAGUUGUUAAAUUUCACAUCGACCUCAUCUUGUUGUUUUAGUUUGGUAGAAAAUGAAUUUCUUAGAACCAUAAGAUAGUGAACUGGUAUUGACUCUGGACGGUUCCCAUAUGAUAGUGAACUGGUAUUGACUCUGGACGGUUCCCAUGUGAUUACAUACUCUUGUUAAAUGGAAGUUUAAGUCUAAGCUCACAGUUGACAUCAGAGGCAUGCAAAAAGCUAUGUUCAGCCACAUGUAGACCUUAAACCCAGCUGCUGCUUAAUGCUAGAAGCAUAUUGUGAUUUUUGCUUAGAAACAACUUGCCUUGUUGACAGUAAGCUUAGAACAGAACAAGUCCAUACUUCAAAAUUGUAUUUUUUAAUUUUGCAUUCUACAGUUUAAAUAUAGGCGUAUGAAAUCAGAAGAUAUACUGUGAUUUUCUUUUCUAGAGAUUGCAUUUAUUUUCUAAAUUUUAAAGAUUUUAAGAAGAAAAAACACAUUUCUGCAGUGAAUGUAUGGUCCUUAAAGACUGAGGGAAGUAUGGUGACCAGUCACAGUAAAGUAACCAUGCCAUUGGUCGAUUUAAAGCUAAGCACCUACCAUAGCCAUUGGUCACUUUCAAACUGAGCAUCAACCAGUCAGACGCCUGAGAUUUGAGACUCCACCCCGAUUUAUAUUUUGAUGUGAUCAGAUCUCUUUUUUGCUCCAGCAUCCUGUGAAAUCCAGAAAUAAAUUUACUGACCUGUACCAUUAAUUUUCAUCAGUUUUAUGACAUCCCUAGAAUCCCAGAUUGGCAUGGAUUUUGCCAGUGUAAAGGGAGGUAAAUAAAAACUUGACCACCUUAAAGGGAGACAAUUAUGAUUCAUGAAGAUUGUGGGCUAAUUGAUACUAAAACUCUAGAUUUAAAAUUUGCAUAAUCAGGAAAAGAUUGAAGUGCUAAAUGAAGAUUAAAGUUGUGAAUACAGAUCAUCUUAGAUAUGUAUAUAUAUAUAUAUUCUUGAUUUAUCAGUUGAUUGUAUAUAAUUGUUGUAAAAUGUAAUUAUUGUUGAUUUUUAGUGGGUGGCUUUUAGAGUUUACUUGACGGAAUAUGUUUCUUUCAUUUCAUUGUAACAGGGGUAAAUUUGGCAUAUGAGCCGCGCCGUGGGAAAACCAACAUAGUGGCUUUGCAACCAGCAUGGAUCCAGACCAGCCUGCGCAUCCACGCAGUCUGGUCAGGAUCCAUGCUGUUCGCUAACAGUUUCUCGAAUGGCAUUAGGCUUUCAAGCGAACAGCAUGGAUCCUGACCAGACUGCGCGGAUGCGCAGGCUGGUCUGGAUCCAUGCUGGUCGCAAAGCCACUAUGUUGGUUUUCUCAUGGCGCGGCUCAUACAUGUAAAGCAUGAUUUUUUUUACAAGUACAUUUUUCUGUUAAGAAUAAGUAAAUAAAGUAAAGAAAGAUUGUUUUAAAGGUGUUGGUGUAGGACAUACUAAUGUUUACUUUGAAAGUGCUCCGCUUAAUUGAAGAUGGUAAUGUUAAUGCAUUCAUACAUAUUUGUAACUGGAGAAUAUUUGUAACUGGAGAAGUGAAGGUUUAAAGAGACCUGUUCUAUUCUGUAACUAGGACCUGAAAAAUUUAAGUAUUCAAAAGGAAAAGUUUACUUGCUGUAAUACGUAUUUACACAGAAAAUUUGAUAUCUACAAAGUCUGUACUACUUGCCGUUUCAUUUUGUUAAUAAAGUAACCCCUAAAGCAUAUUAAAUAUCUCAUAACUUAUCCCAUUUAAGUUUUCUGCUCAAUAUCAUUAUAAUAUAUCAUCUGUCAUUUUCUGUCAUGAAAAAAUAGAAAUACGGCAUUUUGAUUUUUGAAAACUGGUGGGUCAGUGUUUACUUUUGACAAGAAAAUAUAAACGAAUUUGUAUCAGCUGAGUUACUAAAGUUUGACAGCUAGAAAAUGUGGUAAAAUGUCAGGAUUAUAUACUUUAAUCAGUUUCUUAAAAGAUAGGGAACUUGACAUUAAUUUAGUAUUCGAGAUAUUAUUUGUCGAAAGUUCAUUUUCACCAGAACUAUGUCAAAAAGGCAAACUGCAAAAACAAUUGUCUGUAAUUAAUGGUGAAAUUCUUGGCAUUUUCUAAGAAAAUUCAGUUUAGACCCAGUUGAUAAUAAAUAUCUUUUCAUUCAACAACCAGCCAGAUUAACCCAAUGCCAGUGAUCUCACUUUUUGUUGAUAUUAAAUAAUCAUAAAUGCCUUAAAUACAAGGGUUGAUCAAGAAAAAAUGUCACUGAGUCCUUUCAGAUGUGAUUUUCUAUUGUUUUCUUACACAAUUUCAUAGCUCCAGAGGCAUUGCUUCGGGAUCAACCCUAAUAUUUUACGAAAUGAAGUUUCAAAUAAAAUUACAUUUUGCAGAUCUCAAUUAAAUAUGUUCUUUUCACACUUCAUAUUAUUGUUGCAUGCCUGUAUCCUACAGUUUACAUAUGUGAAAUUUUUUACGAAGUUAAGCUUUCCCCGUAAAAGAGUUGCAAGAAAUUGCAUGCUUAUGCAUUGUUGUUUGAUUUAAAUUGACUGACUGCAGUGUAAUUGUUUUUGUAUGCUGGUCUAAAGAAUUUAUGAUGUAAUAGCUCAUGUAUUAUAUAUAAUUUCUGAUUACUAGACCUUAUACACUUAUGUGUCAUUGAUGGAAUGUAUUUUAUGAGUUUUGUCUAGUAAGAUCUUGUUAAACUUUGAAUGUGUUUUAGUCAGUGACUUUUUGAUUGAGUGGGUUAAGCUUGUUAUUGACAUUUUUCAAUUUUGAUUAAUAGUAAUCGAGGUGAAUAGCAUAUUUGCACAGGGGUGCGUUCACUUAAGUUCCCAGUCGCAAAAAUAAAGACAAAAAAAAACAAUUUCGGAAGUGAUUAUAGUCUUGUGAAAAUAUUACUAGAAUUCUCUUAUAACGAUAAAAAGUAAAGUCUUUUACAAAGAACGUUUAUAUGAGUGAAUACAGUACAUGGCCCCUUGCAGAAUACAUGAAGUGAAACAUUAUUUUAACUGUCAUUUUAAUAAUUCCCAAGCAUUGUUAUUACUGUAUGUAUAUUAAAAAGAAAAGCUUGUAUCUUGUAUUUUAGGAUAUCAUGCUUUUAUUAGUUGUAUUCUAUCACCCUCAUCAAAUAAAACUUCAAAAUGAAA